AUGAAUGUUCCAGUAAAGCCAAUCAACAACUGGUCAAGAGGAAUCCGCCGUCGUCUUCUGCUGGAACUGACCUUCGAAUCUCUUCACGCAACACUUUCACUUGAAAUGGAAGUUUUUUGUGGUGAUUUUUCGCGAAUAAUGCUUUCUGGCUCUGACGAUAUCCGUGACAUGACGGACGAAAGCCCAGCACGGAGUCAUCGGGCUCGUAGGAUCGAGGUCUUUUCACACAAUUCGACAGACCAAAGUACAAGCCAACCUUCCUUCGGUAUCAAAUGCGGCGAAUCUGCCGAUCAGUUCCACGCGCCUUCUCAAACGAACUGA